AUGUUUUAUAAAGAAGAAUCAAGUCAUAUUCAGGAACAAGUGGCCAAGCAUUUGCGAACAUUACUCUUGGAAGGUGAAACUUGUGGUACCUUGUUCUCAAAUUUCAAAUGUUUGCACAGUCUAACUCUCACCAGUGAAUGCUAUACAAAGUUUCCUGAUUCAAUUAGGGAAUUGAUACAUUUGAGAUAUCUUAAUAUAUCCAGUACAAGAAUUGAAAAUCUGCCAGAGUGGAUUGGUGAACUCCAUCACUUGCAAACACUAAGAACAAACAGGUUUAUUGUAUCAGAUAGACUGCCAAGUUCCAUUAAGUACUUGAUUAACUUAAGGCAUCUUUAUCUACGGUCGGGUAAAGAGAUUGGAAAAUUAACAAGUCUGCAAACAUUACAGAAGUUUGAAGUGGGCACAGAGAAGGGCUACAAAAUUGAAGAGCUUGAAAGUUUGAAUAAUCUCAAAGGAACACUAAAGAUUAAGCAUCUUGAAAGGGUGUGUGACAAGGAAGAAGCUAUGAAAGCAAAUGUGUUGUUGAAGUCAAACAUAUCAAAUUUAGCGUUGAAAUGGGAUGAGGAUAGUGACAAUGAGAGAAAUGAUAAGAGUGUGUUGGAAGGCCUCCAACCUCAUGCAAAUCUGAAGAUAUUGAAGAUUAAAGGAUUCAAAGGCAAAACAUUUCCAACAUGGUGCAAGAAGAUGGCAGUAUGGGAUGGGUCUCAAUGCUCUUGGGUACCACUUGAUAACUUGAUUGAGAUAACACUUAUGGGGUGCUUAGAAUGUGAGGAAAUCCCAAUGCUGGAGCACUUGCCUAAUCUCAAAACUCUUUUUUUGGUGGAUUUGAAGAAGCUGAACUUCAUAAAUUCGCCUUCAUUCAAAAAUUUAAAAACUCUGAUAAUAUACAAUUUAGAGGGAUUACAAUGUCUGCCAGAAUUGUUAUUCUAUAACAAUCAAAGUCUCUCAAAUUUAUGGAUUGUAAAGUGCCAUGUGUUGAGUGAAUUGCCAUAUGGGCUGGACACCCUCGAUUCUCUAAAAGAGUUGAUCCUCGAGGACUGUCCAAAUCUGAAGGCGAUUGGGAAUCUAAGUCACGGAGCAAAAAAAUAUCAAGGAAUCCUCCGUGAGCUAAAAAUUGUAGGGUGCAGAGAGCUGGUGCAAUUUCCAUGUCAAAUUCUGGAGUCGUCUGCACCCACAAUUGAGGUACUCAUAUUGAAAGGAUUAAGGAGCCUAAAGAAUCUACCAAUGCUAAUUGACUGCUUCGUUAAAUCAUAUCCUUGUCUCAAAGAUUUGACAAUCAAAGGUGUUCCUAAUAUCAUGACUAUCAAGUGUUCUAGUUCUCGAUGGUUGAAGGAACUGGAAAUAGAUGCGAGUGUGAAGUGGUGUAGGGAGACUAGUCUCAGCAUUAUAGAGACUGUGGAUCGCAUAUUGCAAGGAUGUUGCAAUUCAUUUACUCACUUAUACUUGAAAGGGGUUGAAAAUUGGGAUUGGCUGCCUCAAUCAAUUCAACAUCUCACUACUCUUGAUACAUUGGAGUUAGAAAAUAUAGGGGUCGAAGAAUUGCCCCAGUGGCUGGGGAACCAGUCUUCUCUAAGGAAAUUAUGCCUACUUGGUUGUUACAGGUUGAGGUGUCUGCCCUCUGUGGCUGCAUUUAAGCGUCUCACUGAAUUAGACUUGUUACAAAUUACUGAUUGCCCGGAACUACACAUUGAUUCGGAGUGGCACACCCUACCCAAUCUGAAAAUCAGUGAUGGAUCAAUGACGUAG